CCCGGAAGUAGUUUGAAGGUCUGCUUAUAGGAGUUUGGAUAAGGUCGCUUGUCCAUAUUCACUGUGAAAAUGGGUGUUAAAAUAGAGGUAUUUCGAAUGAUGCUGUAUCUCUCCUUUCCCGUGACCAUGUUUUGGAUCUCAAAUCAAGCAGAGUACUUUGAAGAGUAUAUAGUGAAGAGAAAGAGGGAAAUCUUCCCCCCCGACGAGGAAUCGCAGAGAAAAGAGUUGGAGGACUUCAAAGAGCGAAUGCGUGUUCGUAAGGAGCAGCGGCUAUUGAAAAAUAUUCCUCUGGAAUCUGAGAACUGAACAUUACAUGUUGAAGAAAAUGAUUUUCCACCCUUUACCAAUGAUACCAACUGUCUGGCAGUGAUUUUGAGGCCCAAGGAAAAAAGUUGGACUGGAGUAUGCCCAUUUCAUGUUGGAAAUCUCUGCUAGAUUAACUCUUCCCAAAGAUGCGCUGGGUAAUAAUUAUUUAUGCCUAAUAAGUUUAUUGUCCUUUCAUUUGUAUGCAACUUUUUUUCCCCACAUGGUUUUUCAAAUGGUACAAUUGUUUUCUUAGCUGUUGUUGUUACUUUGCCUUAAAAUAAAUACUGACCUGUACAUCAGAUUGAAUCUAGUUUAUUAUUAUCUAUUUGCAAGGUGCAGUGCCUACCUUGUCCUAUUACUUAUAUUGUAGUGUAUUACAGUAUUGUAUUCUAGGUAAUGGUGCUUCAGAUUAACAGAAAUAAAUACUAACUAUAAAUUAGUUCUCCACAAACUCCUCUAAAAUAAUUAACAGAAUAAACCAAUCGUUUUCCAGUUAGCAGAACUUGAUGUGCUUUCUGUUUGAAUGAAUGAUGCUAGUUGGGUAUUUUUAAUAAUGAUGAUUAAGUUAUGUCAUAUUUUGUAAGCGCAUUUUCCAUGUAUCACUGUGGGGAAGAAUUUGCUUGAUUAUUUGAUUAUUCAUAUAUUUAGCAAACCAUAUAAUUAUGUUUUUUUUUGUUAUUUUUUAUUUAUUAAAACAAAAGUUUUUUUUCUUUA